AAUAUAAAUUUACGUGACGUAACCUAAAUAUGAGUCACCUCCUGAAAUAAAUUCAUUUUCCAGAAAGCUUUAAGUCUUUGUCUCUCGAAAGUUAUCAAACUUCUCUAAAAACAAAAGUGUUCUGUGUUUUUACAUGUGAAGAAAAACCCAUUAAUAAUCGUGGCAUAAAAUUUGUGAAACUAACAUCGCUGACUAUUAUAACAAUAGCACAGAUUGUAUGGAAGUAGCUGACAAUAUUUACUACUCCCUAUUAGUUUUGGUAAUUUUACCAGUAAGUUUGUUUUUCGAAUUGUGGGCUUGGUUAGGCUGGCAAUUGUACAAAAACAAUUAAAAAUGAGCAACCAAAUGCACGAGAAUCAAAAAAACAUCAACAGCAUGAGACGAAAUCUUACCCUGGACUUGAAUCAAACCAAGAAAAAUAACCUGAAUAUUCCUAGUUUAAAAUCUGUCCUUUCAUCUCCAGACUUAAAUCUACUAAAGGUAAAUACGCCCGAUUUAGAGAAGAUGAUUCUAGAAAACGGUAUGUCUGUUUCCACUCCAACACCCACACUAUUGUUUCCUAAAGCAGUAACAGAAGAACAAGAAUCCUUUGCAACUGGUUUUGUAAAUGCCCUAAACAAUCUGCACAACAAUAACUCUAUAAAUUCUACGAGCAGUGCAAUUUCACAAGCAUCUGAAAAUUCAACAGGACCAACAGUGUACGGUGAUCUGGAAGAGCCAACACUCAAUAGUUAUACAUUAGGUCCGGUUGUGAAAGAGGAGCCUCAAACUGUCCCCAAUUUAAAUACCACAACUCCACCCAUGUCACCUGUUGAUAUGGAAGCACAAGAACGCAUCAAAUUGGAACGAAAACGUCAACGAAAUCGUUUAGCUGCCUCAAAGUGUCGAACAAGAAAAUUGGAACGUAUAUCAAGAUUAGAAGACAAAGUGAAACACUUGAAAGCCGAAAAUGCCGACCUUACGUCUCUUUUGAACCAACUUAAACAACAUGUUACGAAUUUGAAGCAAGAAGUACUACUCCAUGUUCAUGCUGGCUGUCCUAUAAUGGGAUGAAUGAUACUACUAAUAAUAACGUUACAUAUGUAUAUGGCUUAUUAGGAUAAGGAAAUGUAAUAAAACGUUGCACACUUAAAUAUUAUAAGUAUUUGUGUUAUAUACUGAAAUAUUUUGUAAGUUCUGUACAAAAAGGGAUCUAAAGUGUCAUAAUAAAAGUAUUAUUUUUUAAAGUU